AUGGGCAGGGCAGAUCAUCGUGCUCGGCCCAGUUCGUCUCCAGCAACUAGGCAUUUGGAUAAUAAGAUUAGGGAUUCAAAUAGCAGCAGCGUCGCGGGUUUCAGGUCGGCAUGGAUCGACACCGGUGUCUCCGCUGUCAACUGGAGGGGGGGGGAUUCAUACUCUGUUAGAGUAUCUGAAGCUGCACAUAUUGGCUUGGGUUCUCAGACUUCGGGUUUGAACGCUGGGCAGGCUGCUUUGGGAUUGUACCCUAAUGCUUGGACAUCUCGGAAGGAUGCGACAUUAAGUGCUCUGGAGCCUGUACAAUCGGCAUGGUCUGAGCAAACUGCCGCCUCAAAGUUGGCUCAUGCUAGUGCUCUUGAAAAGGUUUCUUCGGGUCGAUGGCAGUCAAAGCAGUCCCUUCAAGCUCAGAAAGAUAUCAAAUUUAGUAAACAUUCGGAAGUGGAAAAUGGUUUGCCCUCCCAGGGUUAUGGUGAUAAGAUGUACAGCAGAAUGAGUUUUGCCGGUGGUAGGGAGUAUUCGGAUGUAACAUUGGCAAGGAGUGUAGAAAAGGGAUUGAAUAUUGGCGAAGGAAUUCACGGUGGUGGUAGAAAGGAGUUACCCAACUAUGAGAGGAACCAUAGUCUUAAUUAUUUGGUCCAUGGUGAAAGAGUUCGGUCGACUCAUUCAGAUGGAAAACUCGGUGGUUAUGAAUUGCUGUUACAACCUCGGACCAAGCCAUUAGAUGGUCCAAAAUCACCUGUUGUUGAACCUAAGCAGGGGCACCACCGGCAGAGUGAACCUGUCCUUACUCAUGCUGGAAUCGGUAACAAUGCACAUGGCCGUGUGUAUACUUCAAAACCCGGUCUAGCUGGUAGUGAGAGUUGGAACCAAACAGUGGAUCGUCCAAAGCCUAAUUUAAAGCCACGUUCGCAUCUCAUCGAACUAUUGGAAGGGCACAUCGAGAAGGAAGGGUCAGCAUGUUUCUCAACUUUGACUUAGUGUUGCUCUGUAGAUGUGUAUCACGGUCUUAUGCGCAAUGGAAAGAGGAGGAAUUUAUUGCUGGUUCACUUCUCAGGUUCUGAAGGAGAGAGGGAUCGACGACAGCAAUCAUGAGCCAGUUCAACAUCUUGAGAGGUAUUAAUUUCCUGUAUUUAAUGCAUUCUAGGACAUUUUGCGUUUCUCUUUACGGAUUUGUUCACCAAUUUGCCGAAACUUUAAUAUUAGCAUGUCGUUACUGUUACCCGAAGGGCCAAACAUAAUGUUCCGAGGACUGGAAAAGUUGUCAUCCAAGCAGCUCUUCCCCAUGGUGAGAAAGUCGAGAAUCAUCCUGUUGAUCAGAGAGGUGGAAGAAAACUUGAGAGGAAUCAUCACGUUGACAACGAGAGAGUUGAUAUGCAGAGGAGGAACUGGCGAAAUGGCGGGAAACUGAAAGGCAGCAGCAGCAGCCAGCAAAGGAGAGGCAGCCUUCACCCGAGACCUGGCGUAAGCCUGCAGUGAAUACUAAACCAGUAUCUACUCAAGCGGCCGGGGUACGCUACGGAAAACUUACAUCGGCUGUGGAGCUCGCGCAAGCGUUUUCGAGAUCAUUCUCUGAUCAGAAGAUAGAUGAUGAAUAUGGUGG